AUGGGUGAAUCGCUUGAGAAUGGUUGUGUCGCAUGUGGGUGGACACUUGACAAAGAAAGACGAUGCCAUUAUACUAGCCACCUCAAACUCUUCUAUGGUGCAUCUACACGAGGUGUAUGGUCUAUCGGAUCAGAUGCAAUACUGAAAGACCGACCUGACGAGGGUCCCAAAGCAAAAAUCGAAGUGAAAACAUUGGAAUAUUUAGCGAGCAAUACCAAUAUUCCCAUCCCAAAAGUUUUACGAGACUGGGUUGAUCGAGAUGGGCGCUACUUCGUUUUGAACGAACGCAUCAGUGGCCAGACGCUCGAGGAGGCAUGGACUUCUCUGUCAGAAACCCAAAAAAUGGAUGUCGCGGAUGAAGUCGUGAAAGUGAGAAAACAGCUUCGAUCCGUCACGUCGGCCUCUAUUCAGUGUGUCGAUCAAAGCCCAUGCUACCCAGGCUUAUUAUUCUUCGACCUUGAGCCCCGUGGGCCGUUUCACUCAGACCAAGAGCUAUGGGAUGCUCUGGCCCUGAAUCUUUGCCAUCUUCCUCAACAAGUUUUGGAGAAUCUGAAAAAGCGUCUACCGAAGUGCGAGCCCUAUGUGCUUACUCAUUGCGAUCUCAAUUUGGGAAAUAUCAUGGUCCGAGACGGGAAAGUUGUCGGUAUACUUGAUUGGGAAUACGCUGCCUUCUUCCCUAUCUGGUAUGAGUAUGUUUCGGCCUCGUUUGGAUUUACAGACAUGGAUGUGGAAUGGAAAAAAUUGCUUCGAGGGCGCUUAGACGUACAUGGCGAGGCGCACGAAAAUGCCAAGGCAUUCUGGACGGAUAUGUGUAACCUGAGACCGUACCCAAAUCUGGAUGAGAAAGGUCAGGAAACCUUGGAGAGACUGGCAUAG